AUGACAUCAGGUAUUGAGCCACCGUUACCCCAGAGUGCUGGGUAUGGAGUCGUAGUAGGAGUAGGGUCAGCAUUUGCUGCUGGUAUGGUGCUGACGACAUACAUUUUAAAACGUUAUCAGAAAGAAAUUAUUACAGCGGAGGAGUUUGCGACGGCAGGCAGGACGGUGAAGACAGGGUUGAUAGCAUCUGCUGUAGUGAGUAGUUGGACGUGGGCCGCGACGUUGCUGCAAUCUACUGCAAUGGCAUAUAAGGUUGGAGUAAGUGGGCCAUUUUAUUAUGCGGGUGGUGCAUGUGUUCAAAUUAUUGUGUUUUCAACUCUAGCUAUCAAGUGUAAGCAGAAGGCGCCGAAUGCUCACACAUUUUUGGAAAUUAUCAGGUCAAGAUAUGGAACUGUUGCACAUGUGGUGCAUAUGGGAUAUGCGUUGGUGACCAAUGUGUUGGUUACUUCUAUGCUUUUGACAGGUGGGUCGGCUGUUUUAUCAGACUUAACUGGAAUGAAUACCGUUGCUUCAUGCUUCUUACUGCCGUUAGGAGUUAUUGUGUAUACGUUGUUUGGGGGUAUAAAGGCAACUUUUCUGACUGAUUAUGUGCAUACCAUUAUCAUAAUUGUUAUCGUUUUAACGUUUGCGUUUACUGUGUAUGGAACUAGUGAUCUUUUAGGCUCUCCUGCUAUAGUGUACGAUCUUUUGCAGGCAGCUGCAGAACGUCAUCCAGUGGAAGGCAACGCUGGUGGUCAAUACUUGACGAUGAAAUCAGAAUCCGGUAUUAUAUUCUUUAUUAUCAGCUUGGUAGGCAACUUUGGAACUAUUUUUCUUGACAAUGGUUAUUUCACUAAGGCAUUUUCAUCCUCACCAGCGGCUGCAUUGCCUGGAUAUAUUUUAGGAGGUAUCUCAUGGUUUGCAAUUCCUUGUUUGGUUGCUACGGCAAUGGGUUUGGCUUGUUUGGCUCUAGAGAGUCAUCCAUCAUUUCCAACCUAUCCUGAUAGGCUUUCCCCUGACCAGGUUAGCGCUGGUUUAGUGCUUCCCUCAGUGGCUGUUACGUUGCUUGGUAAAGGAGGUGCUAUGGCGACCCUUACAAUGGUAUUUAUGGCAGUAACUUCAGCAAUGUCCGCAGAAUUGAUAGCUGUGUCGACCAUCUUUACCUAUGAUAUCUACAGAGGAUAUGUUAACCCAAAGGCGUCAGGUAGGAAACUAAUAUUUGCUGCACAUGCCGCAUGCGUUGUAUUUGGUUUUCUGAUGAGCGCUCUUUCUGUUGGGUUAUAUUAUGCAGGAAUUUCUUUAGGAUAUCUUUAUGAGUUGAUGGGUAUCAUUAUUUCAGCCGCUGUGGUACCGUCUGCUUUAACGCUGUUCUGGAAAGACCAAAACCUAAUGGCUGUCAUUAUCUCACCAAUUCUGGGAACCAUCUUGGCCAUUAUUUCGUGGCUAGUAUGUGCCAAGUCUUUGUACAAUGAAAUCACUGUAGAAACAACUUACAAAGACUAUCCAAUGUUGGCAGGAAACAUCGUGGCCCUUCUUUCACCUGUUAUUUUCAUUCCUAUUCUCACCUAUUUAUUUAAGCCUCAGAAUUUUGAUUGGGAACGGAUGAAGACUGACAUAACUCGCGUGGAUGAGGAGGAAGAGAAAAUGGAGGUGGAAAAUAUGAUGGAUUCUGUUGCGGGAAUAGAUGAUGUACUUGAAGGUAAUAGCUCAAAUUGCGAGAAAUGUGUUGAUGACGUAAGGUCAGUAAAAUCAGUUAUCUCAGCAGCUAAGGAAAUUGUACCCGAUGAGUUAUUAGAGAAAUAUCAAACGGACGAAGAGAAACUUCUGGCAAGGUCCGCUAGAAUCGCUUCAUACUUAUCUCUGGUGUUUGUCUUUAUUUUCUUGAUUCUAUGGCCAAUGCCGAUGUAUGGCUCAAGUUAUAUCUUUUCGAAGAAAUUCUUCGCUGGUUGGGUAUACGUGUUGAUCAUAUGGAUAUUCUUCACUGCUAUUAGCGUUUGUAUUUAUCCAUUAUUGGAAGGUCGUAAAGCAAUAUUCCUUACAAUUCGUGGCAUCUAUUGGGAUCUGAGUGGGCAAACUUAUAAGUUACGAGAAUGGCAAGACGAACAUCCGGAACAACUCCACGUUGUCCUAUCACAGGCUAGUACUAGAAUUCAACUAAAGAGAUCAUAUAAUAGUUUAACUUAA